CGCGGAAUCUCCUUAACUGACCUCGUAGUGCUAAUAAUUGACGCCAAAGAUGGCAUCAUGCCACAAACCAAAGAAAUUAUCAAUUAUCUUCACCAGUACAAAUUACCAGUAAUUGUCUUUCUUAAUCACAAAAAGGCUAGCGAAACGGACAAUGAAGCUAAUUUGACUAAAUUAAAAUCACAAUUGCAAAAGCAAG